UGGUUUCCUGUCGUCCACAUGGAAAACACUAGUUAUUUCCUACAGCGCAUUAAUGUGAAAGUAUGACGAUAACUUAUAAACAGACACCAUAUAUCACGAUUUGUUGAAAGCAUUGGAAUGAUGAUGGCGGAUAGUGUUUGGAGCUCUCUAGCCCUGUCUGUUAUUGGCCGUAUUGCCCUUAUGUGGUACGGUGAGUGGCAGGACAGAACUAUGGCCGUCAAGUUCACAGACGUGGAUUACUAUGUCUUCACUGACGCCGCUCGGCUGGUACACCAGAACAUGUCCCCGUAUUACCGUCCGACGUACCGCUAUACACCACUUCUGGCAUGGAUGCUGCAGCCCAAUGUCUUUUUCAUGCAGAUGUUUGGCAAACUCCUCUUUAUCCUCUUCGAUGUGAUGACUGGCUACUUGAUUUAUUCCUUAUUAAGGUCACAGGGGUUCAAAGAGAGGCUGUGUACUGUAUGCGCAUGCUUCUGGCUACUGAACCCCCUCACUGCCACUGUGUCUUGUAGAGGGAACGCAGAAUCUAUCAUGACAUUUUUGGUGCUUUUGACAUUGCGGUUGCUCCAAGGUCGAAGAUAUGUCCUUGCAGCCAUAUCUUAUGCUCUUUCCGUCCAUUUUAAGAUUUACACCAUUACAUACGCAAUGCCUGUUUAUUUCAUGCUGAAUGAAGAGAAGUUGUUAAAUCUGGACAGGAAAGGACAUAGACUUGAACAAUGUAUUGCGUAUAUGUGGCCUAAUCGGAGACGCCUCAUGUUUGGAGCUGUAGUGACAAUAGUACUCUUGGCACUGACAGGUCUGUACUAUCACUGGUACGGCUGGACCUUCCUCGACAACACUUACCUUUACCAUAUCGGAAGGAAAGACAUCCGUCACAAUUUCUCACCCUAUUUUUACCUGAUCUACCUAACAACAGAAUCGCCACACUCCUCUGUUCUUGCGUUGAUGGUCUUUAUCCCCCAACUCAUUCUUCUUGUCACAUUUUCCAUCAAAUUCUACAGCGACCUCCCUCUGUGCUGGUUCCUCAUCACAUUUGUGUUCGUGACCUACAACAAAGUCUGUACAUCACAGUAUUUCCUGUGGUACCUUUGUCUUCUUCCUGUUGUCCUUCCAAACCUCUGUAUGUCUGUAAAGAGAGAAGUAGCCUUGAUAGCACUUUGGUUCAUCGGCCAGGGGUUGUGGCUCCUUCCUGCAUAUGGCUUGGAGUUUGAGGGAUUCAAUACAUUCAUCUACAUUUGGUCUGCUGGGCUAGUGUUCUUCUUCAUCAACGUAUACAUAGUGACAAACAUAUUGGACAAUUAUACAGCUAAAUCUCACACAAAAACUCUAUAAAUAUACACAAUGAUAUUGUUAAACCAAACAAAAUCUUUAUAAUAAUACAAGAUUAUACAGUAAAACCACACAAAAUCUCUGAUUAUUCACAAUUAUACAGCUAAACCUCACCAAGAAUCCCUAUAAUUAUACACGAUUAUACAAUUAAACCUCACACAAAAUCUCUAUAUUUACACACAAUUAUACAGCUAAAUCACACACAAAAUCUAUAUAAUUAUACACAAUUAUACAGCUAAAUCACACACAAAAUCUAUAUAAUUACACACAAUUAUACAACUAAAUCUCACACAAAAUCUCUAUAUUUACACACAAUUAUACAGCUAAAUCACAAACAAAAUCUAUAUAAAUAUAAAAUCUAUAUAAAUAGAAAACUAAAUCUAACAAAAUCUGUAUAAUUAUACACAAUUAUACAGCUAAACCACACACACAAUCUCUAUAAUUAUACACAAUUAUAAAACUAAAUCACACACAAAAUCUUUAUAAUUAUACACAAUGAUACAGCUAAAUCACACAAAAUCUAUAUAAUUAAACACAAUUAUACUGCUAAAUCACACACAAAAUCUAUAUAAUUAUACAAUUAUACAGCUAAACCACACACAAAAUCUAUAUGAUUAUACAAUUAUGCAGCUAAAUCACACAAAAUCUAUAUAAUUAUACACACUAAUACAGCUAAAUCACACAACAUCUAUAUAAUUAUGCACAAUUAUGCAGCUAAAUCACACAAAAUCUAUAUAAUUAUACACAAUUAUACAGCUAAACCACACACAAAAUCUCUAUAAUUAUACACAAUUUUACAACUAAAUCACACAAAAUUUAUAUAAUUAUACACAAUAAUACAGCUAAAUCACACACAAAAUCUCUAUAAUUAUACACAAUUAUACAGCUAAAUCACACAAAAUCUAUAUAAUUAUACACAAUUAUACAGCUAAAUCACACAAAAUUUAUAUAAUUAUACACAAUAAUACAGCUAAAUCACACACAAAAUCUCUAUAAUUAUACACAAUUAUACAGCUAAAUCACACAAAAUCUAUAUAAUUAUACACAAUAAUACAGCUAAAUCACAAAAUCUAUAUAAUUAUACACAAUAAUACAGCUAAAUCACACACAAAAUCUAUAUAAUUAUACACAAUAAUACAGCUAAAUCACACACAAAAUCUAUAUAAUUAUACACAAUAAUACAGCUAAAUCACACAAAAUCUAUAUAAUUAUACACAAUAAUACAGCUAAAUCACACAAAAUCUAUAUAAUUAUACACAAUUAUACAGCCAAAUCACACAAAAUCUAUAUAAUUAUACACAAUUAGACAGCUAAAUGACACACAAAAUCUAUAUAAUUAUACACAAUUAUGCAGCUAAAUCACACACAAAAUCUUUAUAACCAUACAGCGAAACAACACACAAAAUCUCUAUCAAUAUAAAGCUAAACCACCCACAAAAUCCAUAUAAUUAUACACAUUUAUACAGCUAAAUCACACACAAAAUCUAUAUAAUUAUACACAAUUAUACAGCUAAAUCACACAAAAUCUAUAUAAUUAUACACAAUUAUACUGCUAAAUCACACACAAAAUCUAUAUAAUUACAUAUACACAACUAUACAGCUAAAUCACACACAAAAUCUAUAUAAUUAUACACAAUUGUACAACUAAAUCACACACAAAAUCUAUAUAAUUAUACACAAUUAUACAGCUAAAUCACACACAAAAUCUUUAUAACCAUACAGCGAAACAACACACAAAAUCUCUAUAAUUUUACACGAUUUUACAGCUAUAAAACCACGCACAAAAUCUACAUAAUUACAUUUACAGCUAAUCCACACAUAAAAUCUCUAUAAUCAUACAGCAAAACAACACAACAUUUAUAAUACAAACCAUUCACAUCCUUACAGAUAUAUCAAGAAAUGUAUAUAAUACAAUGAAUUGUAUUCAGUUUUUAUUAAACAUACUGUUUUUAAUU